AUGACCACACUCACGAUGAUGACGUGCCGUCUGCUGUGCGCCCUGCUGUUGCUCGCCUUGUGCUGCUGCCCGUCCGUGUGCGUGACAGCAAGUGUUAAGCAGGACACUACGACUACGACUACAACAACAAAGCCACCAACUACGACGACCACUACAACAACAAAGCCACCAACUACGACGACCACGACCACAACAAAGCCACCAACUACGACGACCACUACAACAACAAAGCCACCAACUACGACGACCACGACCACAACGACCACUGCGCCAGAGGCACCAAGUAUUACGACUACAGAGGCGCCAAAUACGACGACCACCCGUGCACCGUCACAUGUUCGCAGAAUUGACGGCAGCCUCGGCAGCUCUGCGUGGGCGUGUGCCCCGCUGCUUCUCGCCGCAUCCGCGCUGGCGUACACCACUCUGGGCUGA